GGGGCUGCGAAUGCGGGAGAAGGAAGGGGUGGGAAUCUGAGGAGGAGACUACCUUUUUAUUAUUAUUUUUAAUUUUUUUUUUUUUACAUUAUUUUCGCCGUACGAGGAGGACGCUCGGAAUUCACCGGCCUGUCGGCUCCCGAGAGGGACCCGGGGAUCGCGCGGCCGCUUUUCUUCGUCUUCUUUUUUUUUUUGCCCGUUUGGUUUGUUUGCUUGCUUGCUUUGAUUUGGGUGGUUGGUUUUUUUUUUUUAUUUUAUUAUUUUUAUCAUUUUCCUUUUUCCGCUGAGCAGCAGCAGCGGCGGCGGCAGCAGCAGCAAUAUGGCUGGUGAUGGGUUUUUUGGGGGGCGCUGGCGGCGGGAGGAGCUCUCGGAAGCCCCUGCGCGCCCGGCUCGCUGUUAGCUAUGGCAAAUGGCAGCGGCGGCGGCGGCGGCUCUUACCCGGGCGGCAGCGGCGGCGGCGGCGGCGGCGGCAUUAGAAUGAGUAACAAUAUCAACGCCAACAAUCUCAACACAGACUCGUCCUCCUCCCCCGUCAAUGUGCCCAAGAUGGAUGCGCUCAUCAUCCCGGUGACCAUGGAGGUGCCCUGCGAUAGCCGCGGACAGCGCAUGUGGUGGGCUUUCCUCGCCUCAUCCAUGGUCACUUUCUUUGGGGGACUGUUUAUCAUCCUGCUGUGGAGGACCCUCAAGUACCUGUGGACUGUCUGCUGCCACUGCGGGGUCAAAAACAAGGAGGCCCAGAAGAUCAAUGGUGGUGGAGAUACACAGGUAGAUGGGGCCUGCAAACCAACAGAUGAAAAAGAGGAGAAUGUGGCAGCAGAAGUGGGAUGGAUGACCUCCGUGAAGGACUGGGCAGGAGUCAUGAUAUCUGCCCAGACGUUAACUGGCAGAGUACUUGUUGUCCUAGUCUUCGCUCUUAGUAUUGGUGCUCUUGUAAUAUACUUCAUAGAUUCAUCAAAGAGCCGUACAGCAGACUCAUUGAUCCCAAUAGAAUCCUGCCAGAAUUUCUACAAAGAUUUCACAUUACAGAUCGACAUGGCUUUCAAUGUGUUCUUCCUACUCUACUUCGGCUUGCGUUUCAUAGCAGCCAAUGACAAGCUAUGGUUUUGGCUAGAAGUUAACUCAGUAGUAGAUUUCUUCACGGUCCCUCCAGUGUUCGUGUCAGUAUAUUUAAACAGAAGUUGGCUUGGCUUAAGGUUUUUAAGAGCCCUUAGACUGAUACAGUUUUCAGAAAUUUUGCAGUUUCUGAAUAUCCUUAAAACAAGUAAUUCCAUCAAGCUAGUGAAUCUGUGCUCUAUAUUUAUCAGCACGUGGCUGACAGCAGCUGGGUUCAUACAUUUGGUGGAGAACUCAGGGGAUCCAUGGGAAAAUUUCCAAAAUAAUCAACCGCUAACAUAUUGGGAAUGUGUUUAUUUACUGAUGGUUACAAUGUCCACUGUUGGCUAUGGAGAUGUUUAUGCAAAAACAACCCUUGGUCGCCUUUUCAUGGUCUUCUUCAUCCUUGGGGGAUUGGCAAUGUUUGCUCGCUACGUGCCAGAAAUUGCUGCUCUCAUCCUUAAUCGGAAGAAAUACGGCGGGACUUUUAACUCAACUCGAGGCAGAAAGCACAUAGUUGUCUGUGGUCACAUAACACUUGAAAGUGUGUCCAACUUCCUGAAGGACUUCCUGCACAAGGAUAGGGAUGAUGUCAACGUAGAAAUCGUCUUUCUGCAUAAUAUCUCCCCUAACCUUGAGCUGGAAGCUCUUUUUAAACGACACUUCACUCAGGUGGAAUUUUAUCAGGGUUCAGUCCUUAAUCCCCAUGACCUGGCGAGAGUGAAGAUAGAGUCAGCGGAUGCGUGCCUAAUCCUUGCCAAUAAAUACUGCGCUGACCCAGAUGCUGAAGAUGCCUCCAAUAUUAUGAGAGUUAUUUCAAUAAAGAAUUAUCAUCCGAAGAUAAGAAUUAUCACUCAGAUGCUGCAGUAUCACAAUAAGGCCCAUCUGCUAAAUAUCCCAAGCUGGAACUGGAAAGAAGGGGAUGAUGCAAUCUGUCUUGCUGAGCUCAAGCUGGGUUUCAUAGCCCAGAGCUGCCUGGCACCAGGCCUUUCAACAAUGUUAGCCAACCUCUUCUCUAUGAGGUCAUUCAUAAAGAUUGAGGAGGAUACGUGGCAGAAAUACUACCUGGAAGGAGUUGCAAAUGAAAUGUAUACAGAAUAUCUGUCCAGUGCCUUUGUGGGUUUGUCCUUCCCUGCAGUUUGUGAACUGGUGUUUGCGAAACUAAAGCUCUUAAUGAUAGCCAUAGAAUACAAGUCGGAAAAACGAGAAAGCAGAAGCCGAAAGCGUAUAUUAAUCAAUCCUGGAAACCAUGUCAAGAUUCAAGAAGGUACUUUAGGAUUCUUCAUUGCAAGUGAUGCCAAAGAAGUAAAAAGGGCAUUUUUUUACUGCAAGGCCUGUCAUGAUGACAUCACGGAUCCCAAAAGGAUAAAAAAAUGUGGCUGCAAACGGCCCACAAGGAGAGCAAAGCACAUGGAAAGCAUGCCUGAUGUGGAAGGAAUGUAUGCAUUGCCUAACAUAUUGGAAAAAAAUUGUUCAAGAACAGUUUAUCCAUGUGAGAAUGUGACCUUUGAACUGCUGCCAAAGCCAAUGAGGCUGCUGAGAAACCGGGGAGAAAACAGAGUAUCCUGUGAUCCAGCCAACACUAUGGAUAUAUUACCAGCAGCAGGGCCAUGGAGAGCCAAGAUGUCCAUCUACAAGAGAAUGAAACUGGCAUGUUGUUUUGAUUGCGGACGCUCUGAGCGUGACUGCUCUUGCAUGUCAGGCAGUGUACAUAGUAACAUGGACACCCUUGAGAGAGCCUUCCCACUUUCUUCUGUCUCUGUUAAUGAUUGCUCCACCAGUUUACGUGCCUUUGAAGAUGAGCAGCCGUCGACACUAUCACCCAAAAAAAAGCAGCGAAACGGAGGCAUGCGAAAUUCACCCAACUCCUCACCCAAACUGAUGAGGCAUGACCCCUUGUUAAUUCCUGGCAACGAGCAGAUUGACAAUAUGGAUGCCAAUGUGAAAAAAUAUGACUCUACAGGGAUGUUUCAUUGGUGUCCAGCCAAGGACAUUGAAAAGGUCAUUUUGACUCGAAGUGAAGCAGCGAUGACAGUUUUAAGUGGGCAUGUAGUCGUUUGCAUAUUUGGGGAUGUUAAAUCUGCUUUGAUUGGAUUAAGAAAUUUAGUGAUGCCAUUACGAGCCAGCAACUUUCACUACCAUGAACUCAAGCACAUUGUGUUUGUGGGUUCACUUGAAUACCUGAGAAGGGAAUGGGAGACACUGCAUAACUUCCCCAAGGUUUCAAUCUUGCCUGGUACGCCAUUAAGUCGGGCUGAUUUAAGGGCUGUCAACAUCAACCUCUGCGACAUGUGCGUUAUCCUGUCAGCCAAUCAGAAUAAUAUUGAUGAUGCUUCGCUGCAGGACAAGGAAUGCAUCUUGGCGUCACUCAACAUCAAAUCUAUGCAGUUUGAUGACAGCAUUGGGGUCUUGCAGGCUAAUUCCCAAGGCUUUACACCCCCUGGGAUGGAUAGGUCAUCUCCAGACAACAGUCCAGUCCAUGGCCUGUUACGUCAACCCUCCAUUACAACAGGAGCCAACAUCCCUAUUAUAACAGAGCUAGUAAAUGAUUCAAAUGUUCAGUUCUUGGACCAAGAUGAUGAUGAUGAUCCAGACACAGAAUUGUAUCUCACGCAGCCCUUUGCAUGUGGAACCGCAUUUGCUGUCAGUGUGCUGGACUCUCUCAUGAGCGCAACAUACUUCAAUGACAAUAUCCUCACACUGAUACGGACAUUGGUAACAGGAGGAGCCACACCAGAGCUGGAAGCACUGAUUGCUGAGGAAAAUGCAUUGAGAGGAGGUUACAGCACGCCCCAGACACUUGCAAACAGGGACAGGUGUCGAGUUGCUCAGUUGGCUUUGUAUGAUGGGCCGUUUGCAGACCUAGGGGAUGGAGGUUGUUAUGGAGAUCUAUUUUGUAAAGCACUGAAAACAUACAAUAUGCUUUGCUUUGGAAUUUAUCGAUUAAGGGAUGCACAUCUAAGUACUCCCAGCCAAUGCACUAAACGUUACGUUAUCACAAACCCACCAUAUGAAUUUGAGCUUGUGCCGACAGACUUGAUCUUCUGUUUGAUGCAAUUUGACCACAACGCUGGCCAGUCCCGGGCCAGUCUUUCUCAUUCCUCCCAUUCCUCCUAUUCUUCCAGCAAGAAGAGCUCAUCAGUUCACUCCAUCCCAUCAACAGCAAACCGACCGAACCGCACCAAGACCAGGGAUUCCCGGGAAAAACAGAAUGCAACAAGGAUGAAUAGAAUGGGCCAAGCAGAAAAGAAAUGGUUUACAGAUGAGCCGGAUAAUGCCUAUCCCAGAAACAUUCAAAUCAAGCCCAUGAGUACUCACAUGGCCAAUCAGAUCAAUCAAUAUAAAUCGACAAGCAGCUUGAUACCACCAAUCAGAGAAGUUGAAGACGAAUGUUGACUCCUUCAAGGCCAGAACUAUUUUUAUAAAGCCUGACAAACUUCAUGAAUGGUGAUGUGACAUUUAUUCCUCUUACAUGCUGAACCACUGAUGGAGAAGUUAAGGGCAAGCUUAAUGGGAAAAUAAAGUAGACAGAUCUUUGUUUGUCUGCCUUUAAUAUUGCUUCCACAUAUUUUGGAAACUAUUUCAUUUAUAAAUGAACAUAAUCAAAACUAGUCAUGUAUAGCCUCUAGCAUUUUAAAUUAUUUUUAUUUAUUAGAAAAAAAUAUAUUUUUCUUUUUUUUUCAUUGUCAAGUAUUUUCCCUUACAAAAAACUGCAUGUGUGGCCAGACUCCUAAGAAUUUAAAAAAAAAAAAACAAACCUCAGUCUUUGGCAUAAAGGAGAAUGAUGGUCACAGCCAUGAGGACAUGUAAUUAAGGGAGACAAAUGAUAUAUUUACAAAAAGAAAAAAAGGUCCAACUUGUAUUUUAGUAAAUCAAAAAAAAAAAAGAAGGAAAAAAAAAAAGAACAGUUCACCAAAAUGUUUCUUUACUGGAGGAUGUGUAUUUUGUUCAGCAUUGACACCAGCUCUUAAUAAACUGAACUUAUUUAUUUUCAAA